CGAGAACUGUACGAACGCGGGGAGCGGACCCUCUGCGGUAACGCCGAGUUUUCAGAGGAUGACUUCAGCGACCAGACCAGAAGAACAGGAACCAAUGAUGUCCAAGCCUCAGGAUCAUCAAUUGCCAUCAAGUCUCAACCCUUUGGAAGUGUUGCCCGACUCCUCUGCCUCGCUGGAGAUGACUCAAGGCACGUCAAAGGAAAAAAAUCACCUCGGCUGGAGCCCUGAAGAGGGCGAAAGUGGCGAAGCCAACCAUCAGGAGAGACUUCAGUUGAGGUCAUUUCAUUUGUCCCCUCAAGAACAGUCUGUCUGUCGCCGAGACAAAAGGCAGUCCUGGCGACGAGCGAGUGUGAAAGAAAUAAGCCGACGGAUGUCAUUGGCUCCCUUUCACCCAGGCAUCACAGAGCUCAGCAGGUCCAUCAGCUUGAAGUUAGCAGAAAGCAAACGGCUUGGCGCUCUCCUGCUCUCCAGCUUCCAGUUCUCUGUUGAGAAACUUGAACCUUUCCUAAAGAGCACUAAGGACUUCAGCCUUGAAUACUUUAGAGCGAAAGCAUCUUCUCUCUCUGAAGAAUUGAAACGUUUUACAGACAGGCUGGAAAGUGAUGGAACUCUACAGAAAUGUUUUGUUGAAGAUUCAGAAGAAAAAACACCAGAGUUUUCACUGGAAACAUCAGUGGCUGAGGUGAAAGAAUAUAUGGCAAAGUUUUCUGUAGAACGGCAUGCUUGGGAUCAGCUCUUACAACAGUACCAGAAGGAGAUUCCACCCGAUGAGAUGCCCAGAGGAUCAUCUGAAACCAAAAUCACUGAGGUCAAAGUGGAUCCUGCGACUUAUCUUGUGUCUUCCCAGAAGGAAGUCCUUAACACAAAGCCCGACUACCAGGAAAUCUUACGGAAUCAGAACCAAGUCUUUGCCUGCAUGGAGUUGGUGAUGGAUGAGCUGCAAGGAUCAGUGAAGCAGCUGCAAGCUUUCAUGGAUGAAAGUAGUCAGUACCUCCAGAAGGUGUCAGUACAGCUCAAGAAAAGAAGCAUGGAACAAUUAGAUUCUUCACCUGCUCGAAAACUGCUCAAACUCCACAUGCAGAACUCCUCUACCACACAGUGAUCAGGGUCUGGUUGGUGACCUUACCUGUAGUUCUGCUGUGAGCUGCCAGGGAGAGGACAGGGAAGAGUGCCCCACACACGACAACCUCCCAGCCUCCCUCAAAGCUGGAACGUUCCGGCUACAGAGCACUUUCCCUUUUCUGAGUGACAGCACAGAUCCAGAAGAAUGUUGUUAGAGACACUUUCGGUAGGAAUGUGCAAGACGCUUGGAAUGACCUUCAGAGCCACUGGCCCAUCGCUUUAAAUGUCCUCAUGGUCAGCACUUGGCAUCCCAUGAAGAUAUUGUCAAGUUUUCAAAACAACCCAAAGACAUUUAGAACCAACCUUAACAAACUGUUUCAGGGGUCAGGUUGGGUUCUUAUCAUAAAAGAAUGAAGGUAAAGUUUUCAAGUGUGGUACUAAAGGUGGAGUGUGGAGUGUUGUUGCAUAAAGACAUAUGUGAAUCACUUCACCAAAUGCCCUUUUUGUGAAGUGUCCUAAUGUCUAUACUAUACUUUAGUUUUAAUAUUGAAUUGACCUCCUGCAAUCAAAGUUUAUGGCAAGAAAGUGCUUAGAUGAUUUAAUUUUCUUUUCCUCUGGAAAUUUCCCCUUUGCCCCCUAAGAAUCGACCCUAGGACUUUGCGUGUGCUAAGCAAGCAUUCUCACUGAGCUGCACCUUUAGUCCCUGUAUUUUAUUUUUUUUUUUAAGUUGUACUAGUUACUGAAUAGUGCCUAGAACACAAUAGCCCUUUAAACUGUGUUUUAAAAUCCUGUGUCGUCAUUUCCUGUGACUGAGGAACAGUUACUUAACCUCUUUUCUAGAACAUUGGAAAAUAUUAGAAUCUGUGUUUUAAGGACACUCUAAGGAUUUUAAAUAGUAAAAGCCUAGAACAAUAUGUUUAUUGCUGAACACUUAAAAAAUGAGUCGACAGUAGUUAAUGAGGUGGGAAACCUGCUGUCUUAUUUGGAAUACCACAUGGAGAAUUCAAGCAGACUGCUCAAUAUAUGCAGGUGGAGACCUGUGCAGCAAAGUCUGGAGUAGAAAUAGAAUUUUAAAGUUAGGACUAGUUAUUGAAGAUUGAGGUUUAUAUUGUCCAAAGUAGAACAAGGAAGGAAAUUUCAGACACCCUCCAAGAAAGUCAACAUUUAAGAGAAACAGACUCUCAUUGAUUAUUGUUGCAAAAACAGAAGUAUAACAAGAGUAUAAACUUUGGAGCAUAGCUUCAUCUCAUCGGUUUGCUCUAUCAAAAGGAUAAAUUUUCUGUCUUUAAAGGUGGUUAUGCCUUCCAUUUUAUCACGUUCUGUCACACUUUGUUUAUUUGUAAGUGUUCAUCAAACUUGGAGAUGGGACAUGUGUUGGGUGUCUUCAACCAAUGAAAAGGGCUAGAACAUUAAAGAAAAAACCAAAACACUAAAAACUUAGAUCUCAGCACUCAAGUAGUAGAAGCAAGAGAAUCAGAAGUUGGAGGCUUUCCUUGGCUAUGUAGGAGAUUCGAGGCCAGCGUCUCAACAAUACCUAAUGAAUUUUCAGGAUUGUUAGUGCUUACAACGGCUUUCGAGAGAGGCUUUUUUGUAUUUUGUCAUUAAUAGAACUUUGGAAAUGUUUCCUAAUUUAGCCAAGGAUACAUAGGAGUGAGGGUGA